AUGGCCGACAAAGACAUCGAAGUAGGCGACAAAGUAUCCUGGAAAUGGGGCAACGGCGCGCCCAGCGGCGAAGUUGCCGAGACAGCCACGGAAGGCGAGAUUGCUAUCCAGUCGAACAAGGGCAACACCAUCAAGAAGAACGCCAGUGCGGAAGAUCCGGCUGUGCACAUCGCGCGCCCUGGCAACGACGUCGUGAAGCGCGCGCACGAACUCACGGUCGAGGAGAAAGGCGAGGGCGCUACGGAAGAGAGCAAGGACGAUGGGAAGGCAUCAGAGGACAAGACUGCGGAGGGAGACGAGAAAGCGGAUGAGAAGGGAGAUGAGAAGAUGGGAGAUGCCGCUGACGCUAAGGCGGACGCGGCCGAGGCCAAAAAGGACGACAAGGAGAAGGAAAAUGGUGGCAUGAAGGCAGGGGAAAAGAGGAAAGCGGACGAGGCAGAGGAGGACGAGGAAGCGGAGCAGGCCGAUACCAAUGGUGAUAAGAAAGCCGAGGAUGCCUCUGAGAAACCGGCAAAGAAACAGAAGACUAACGACGAGACCAAUGAAACAGAGGAGAAGGACGACAAGGAGAGCGGCAAGGGUAAGAAGGGUCGUGGACGGCCGAAAAAGGGAAACAAGCCCGCAGCGAAGAAGCGCCAGCCCAAAAAGGCUGCGACGGCGGAUGGCGAGCCAAGGAGGAGCUCGCGGAACAAGGCCUAG